AAAUAUCAGUUCAAUGAAAAAAAGUUCGACAGCAAAAUUUGUAAAUCAAUUUUUGUAUAUUACUAUCAAUAUAUAUAUAUAUAUACGUAUACGUAUCUAAAUUAUGAACGAUAGUCCCAGCCUUGAUGAGCAACGUGAACGUAUCGAUAAUGCCAUGAUCAAUGUGAUCGAUGAUUUGGAUCGCGAGCAUUUGCGUAAGCUGCAAUUAAAGAUGCACGCCUGUGCCAGCAGCUGCUGCUCCAAUCCAGAUGCCAACGCCGAUGCAGUGCAACGUUGUGUGGAUCGUUGCCAAAUCCCAUUAACGCGCGCCCGCUGCUAUGUGCAGCAGGAGCUGUCCGAAUUUGAGUCCCAGCUCGAACGUUGCAUGCAUACUUGUCGCUUGCAUGAGGAAGUUAAUAAUAAAUGCGAUGAAUAUAAUCUGGAACGCUGUUCGCUUGAGUGUGUGGAUAAGCAUGUGGCCCUAUUGCCCGAAAUGUUACGUGCCAUGCGAGCUGCAUUGGAAAAGGGCCUUUAAAAUUGCGAUAAGCCGACUUUAACGUUAAUACAUAAUUCUGCGCCACAUUUGAGCGUUGUGUGUGUGUGUGUAAAACUAAUUUUAGUUUACGUGAAACGUAAAUCAAAUCUGAAAUGCAAAAAAAAACACUUAAAAAUAAAGAACCUAGUUUAUCACUUCUUAA